AUGAGGAUGAAAGUGGCACAGCUCACUUGGCUGCUCCUAAUGCUCCUUCCUUGUCACCCAUGUGUUGCAAACCAGGUUGACAACCUUAACAGGUUGAUCAAGUCCCGGAGAUCAAAAAAUCCUCCGGCUGCACAAGCUUGGGCUGAAAUAUCCGUCACGGAUGAUAAAAAACAUUCUCCGGUGUACAUUGGACCUCAAGAUGGAAAGAGUAAAGCCGACAAGAUUAAUGCUCUCCCGGGGCAGCCUGCAGGAGUGGACUUUGAUCAGUAUGCAGGCUAUGUAACUGUGGAUCCAAAAGCUGGAAGAAGUCUAUUCUAUUACUUUGUGGAGUCACCUCAGAAAUCUUCCACCAAACCUCUAGUCCUAUGGCUCAAUGGAGGACCAGGAUGUUCAUCACUUGGCUAUGGGGCAAUGGAAGAAUUGGGACCCUUCAGAGUCAAAAGUGAUGGAAAAACACUCUUCAGAAAUGAGUAUGCAUGGAACAAAGUGGCAAAUGUGCUAUUCCUGGAAUCCCCUGCUGGAGUCGGGUUUUCGUAUUCGAAUACACCCUCCGACUAUGAAAAAGCUGGUGAUAAGAGCACCGCCGACGACUCUUACACAUUUCUCUUAAACUGGCUUGAGAGGUUCCCCCAAUACAAAAACAGAGAUUUCUACAUAUCCGGAGAGAGCUAUGCCGGUCACUAUGUGCCUCAGCUUGCUUACACCAUCCUGUCAAGAAACAAGAACACAGACAAAACAAAAAUUAAUCUAAAGGGCAUUGCAAUUGGGAAUCCUUGGAUGGAUGAGGAUACCAACAACAAGGGGCAGUAUGACUAUUACUGGACACAUGCUUUGAUCUCUGAUGAAACCAUUGCAGGAAUAAGCAAGAACUGUGACUUUCUCAGUGGGAACAUUUCAAAUACUUGUGGCCAAUUUCUAAAUGAGGCAGAUAUUAUGUAUCAGAUCAUUGAUAUUUACAACAUUUACGCCCCACAAUGCUUUUCAAAUGCAACAAACACUGCUUCCACUGGCUCUAUCAAGAACUUUGAUCCCUGCGACUACGUCUAUGUCAACGCCUACCUGAAUUUACCUGAGGUGCAGAAAGCUUUUCAUGCCAGGAAUAUGUCGUGGUCAGCUUGCAGCAACGUUGGAUGGGUAGAUGCCCCUACAAGCGUUCUACCAACAAUCAAGCAGCUCAUAAAAAGUGGCAUUAGAAUAUGGAUAUAUAGUGGUGACAUUGAUGGCCGGUGUCCAGUAACCGCCAAUAGGUAUUCCGUAAACAGUUUGAAGCUUCCUGUGAAGACGCCUUGGCGUCCAUGGUAUUAUAACAAUGAGGUCGGCGGGUUCGUGGUUGAAUAUCAGGGACUGGCCCUGGCCACAGUAAGAGGUGCAGGGCAUGAAGUUCCAAGCUACCAACCGGAGAGAGCACUGGCAUUGAUCUCAUCUUUCCUUCAGGGAAAGCUUCCUAAAUCAACUUGA